GCCAGAGCCAAGGCUCGGCCCGCUUUUUUUUGUCGAGUCCAAGGAAAUUUUGCAUCCAGCUCCAUAAGCUUCUCGACGACUUCAACGAGGCCGCGUAUUCGCGUAUUCGCACCCAUUGCUUCGAGGGCCGCGUGUGUACAACAACCCAUUCGGCACAACCGAGUCCGACCGAUAUAAGACCAACGCGCCGGGUCUCGGACGUAACAACACUUUCGACGCAAUGGCCUUUGACCGUGGUGGAAGAGGCGGCGGCCGGGGGGGUAACUUCCGCGGCGGUGAUCGCGGCGGUCGGGGAGGAGCGAAAGGCGGUCGCGGUAGUGGUGCCGGUGGUCGUGGUGGCCCUGCUGGUCGCGGGCGUGGUGGCCCUGCCGGUCGUGGCCGCGGAGGUGCUCGUGGCGGCCGUGCCAAGGGCGGUUCGAAGGGAGCGAAGGGCGGCAAGAAGGUUGUCGUCGAACCCCACCGUCACAAGGGCGUCUUCGUCGCCCGUGGUGGAAAGGAGGAUCUGCUUGCCACUGCCAACCUGGUUCCUGGCGAGUCCGUGUACGGCGAGAAGAGAAUCUCGGUCGAGAACGCUGCCCAAGGAGCGGAUGGUGUUGCUACCAAGACCGAGUACCGCAUUUGGAACCCCUUCCGGAGUAAGCUUGCUGCGGGUAUCCUGGGUGGUCUCGAGACCAUCUACAUGAAACCCGGUUCCAAGGUGCUCUACCUGGGUGCGGCCUCCGGUACCUCAGUCUCCCACGUUGCCGAUAUCGUCGGGCCAACUGGUUCUGUCUACGCUGUCGAGUUCUCCCACCGUUCCGGCAGAGAUCUCAUCAACAUGGCGACGCGCCGAACCAACGUUAUCCCGAUUGUGGAGGAUGCUCGCAAGCCCAUGGCUUACCGGAUGCUUCUCCCGAUGGUCGAUGUCAUCUUCGCCGAUGUUGCCCAGCCCGAUCAGGCCAGAAUUGUCGGUAUCAACGCCAAGCUCUUCCUGAAACAGGGCGGUGGCCUCCUCAUCUCCAUCAAGGCCAGCUGCAUUGACAGCACUGCGCCCCCUGAGCAAGUCUUCGCCAGCGAAGUCCAGAAGCUUCGGGAAGCUAAGUUCUUCCCCAAGGAGCAGCUUACUCUCGAACCGUACGAGCGCGACCACGCUAUAGUAUCUUGCGUCUACCUGCAGAAAGAGUUUGAGGCCUGAGUUCAGCUUUUGAUCUCGGUGUCAUUUAUGGCUCUCUUCUGGGCGUUCUCACUUGGUCGGUGUUCAAAGGAGGUUGGCUUGUUUUGAGUCUGGGCGGCGAAUGGCGUUUGGGGCUUAAUAUUCGGCAUGUCUUACUAGAAUUACGGGAUGUGAAUGGACAUCUGCCGGCGUCAAACUAGCACCGUCCUCUGAGCAAUUCCCUCCGUUUCUUCAUGCCGAGAGACGCAAGUUGGGCCCCGGACCGAGCGACUGGAUCGGCCAGGCGCGUUGCGG